AGCAGUAGAGGAGUCGAUAGUGCAUCGAGUCGAUUCACAUUUUGACUCGUGCGCUGGAAAAAAAAAUUAUAUUUUUCUCUCUCUAUAACACAUUUCAAAAUUCGCCUCCUCGAAUUUAGAAUCUCGAUUUCGCAAACAUUACAGAUAUUAUUCCUGAUCGUUCGUAAAUUAAAAAAAAAGAUUAUUCGAUAAUCGUCGUUUAGAAAUUUGGAAUAUAUUUCAUAAUCGUUAAGAGUCUGACAAAAUUUAUAUCUGCAGCGAAAUUAAAAAUAUACAGUUUCAAGAUGUUCUUGGUCGAGGAAUACGUGAAAGCCAGCACGAUACAAUACCGUGACGCAGCCGACAUUAUCGGGGAAUUCGCAGAAGAGAUGUCCGAGAUGAAAGGGAAGUGUUUGGACAUAGGUUGCGGACCUGGAAUAGUUACCAAAGAACUGAUCUUACCAAACUUGUCACCAGAAGCUAAACUAGUCGGGAUGGAUAUAUCGAGACCGAUGAUCGAAUAUGCGAAAAAUAUGUAUCACGACGAGGAACGCUUAUCGUUCCAGCUGCUGGACAUCGAGACCAUGGAUUUGCCCAAAGACACAUUCGACCAAUUUAACAACGUAUUGUCCUUUUAUUGCCUUCACUGGUGCCAAAACUUCCGGAAAGCAUUCGACAAUAUUUACAAAUUGUUGCGGCCAGGAGGAAAAGGAUUGUUUAUGUUGCUUUCGUGGAACGACGGUUUCGACGUCUACAAAAAAUUGUACGCGAAUCCUCGAUAUAGGCCAUAUAUGCAGGAGCCAGAACGUUUCAUACCUAUUUUCCACGAAUGUAAAGAUCGCCGGGUAAAUCUGAGAAAAAUACUGGAAACCACAGGUUUCGAGAUUCUGCAUUGCAGCGAAAGAGAGAAGAGCUACAUUUACAAGAAUUCUGAGAUCAUGAAAAAGCAUAUAAUGGCUAUUAAUCCCUUCAUAUCACGGAUCCCUAAUUCCCUUAAAAAGGAGUUUGAGGACGAAAUAACGCGGGAAAUAGUGAACAUGAAAAUUCAACUUUUGAACAAGGACGAGAACGGUGAACAAGAAUACAAUAUAUUGGAUAGAUAUCAGAUUUUUGUAACGUAUAUAAGAAAGCCUGUAUGUUGAAAAAUUUGUUUAACAACAAAUGUUUCAUUCGUCGUAAAAAUGGAAUGGAAUAGAUAUAUUUACCAUGUUGGUUGUCAUCAAUAAAACAUGUAAAACGUGC